ACAGGUAUAAAUGAUAAAUCGUAAAUCGAGAAACCUACGCCUAUUCUGUCUGUUCAGUAUCGAAGUCAACAAAGACGAGAUAUAUAAAAAUUCGCUUGUAUAGCUUUUUUAAGGCAAAGUUUGCCAGAAAAAAAGAUGCGAGAAUACAAGUUAGUCGUGCUUGGAAGUGGCGGCGUUGGUAAAUCGGCUUUGACGGUGCAAUUCGUUCAAGGUAUUUUUGUUGAAAAAUACGAUCCGACCAUCGAGGAUUCAUACAGAAAGCAAGUCGAAGUCGAUAAUCAGCAAUGUAUGCUGGAAAUAUUGGACACUGCUGGAACGGAACAAUUCACAGCCAUGAGGGAUCUUUACAUGAAAAAUGGUCAGGGUUUUGUCUUGGUAUAUUCCAUCACAUCACAAUCCUCUUUCAAUGAUUUGGAAGAUCUUCGCGAUCAGAUUAUAAGGGUGAAAGAUACCAGUGACGUACCCAUGGUCUUGGCUGGCAACAAAUGUGAUCUUGAAGAUGAGAGAAUUGUGGGGAAAGACCAAGGGCAGGCCUUGGCUAAACAAUUUGGAAAUUGCACGUUUUUAGAGACUUCUGCGAAGACCAAAGUUAAUGUGACGGAAAUAUUUUUCGACCUCGUGCGACAGAUCAACCGAAAAACUCCCGAAGUGAAGAAGCCAAGUCGAAAUAUCUUUAGAAGAUUUUGCGUGAUUUUGUGAAUUCAUUGAGGGUAAAAGGACGCCAUUACUUCUUUGACGUUGUUCCAAAGCGCGUGUAUUCAAGUAUACACCGAAAGAUCCAUUUCACUUUAUUUAUAACUUUUUUGCACACGUUGCUAUAUUAAUGUGUAUAUCAGAUAAAUAUAUGGACACCGACCGUGUGGUAUAUAAAACAUAAAUUUAAAAAAGUUUAGCUAGGAGUUCGAAAAUUGACAUUACAUUGAUUUUGCAUAUUUUUGUAUGAUGUAUGUAAAUGUUUGAGGCUUUAAAGCCUAUUUCUACCAUUUAUACAUUAUCGUGAGACAGUCAAUUGAGACGAGCAAUAUUAAAAAUUUCAGCCAAAAUUUA